AUGUUCAAUAACCCAUACCCAAACCCCAUGUUCAAUAAUCAGUAUUUCGAAUUGAUCAGAGACAACCAGCAAUUCCAGCCCCAAAAGGAGUCUACGCACUCUCUCUACGUCGACGGAAUUCCAAACGAUGCACAAGAACGAGAAGUGGCACAUAUAUUUCGUCCUUAUCCCGGGUUUCAAAGAGUCCGUCUGAUUAAAAAGCAAACUCAAAAGGGAAGAGAAUAUUUGCUCUGUUUCGUGGAUUUCGAUGAUGCCUUGCAAGCUACUAUUGUGAUGCAAACUCUUCAAGGAUAUCGUUUCGAUAAAAAUGACAAGACAGGCCUCAAGAUUUAUUUUGCGAAUAACCCGAAACAGGAGAAGCAAAACAAAAAAUGA